GAACAAUCUUCAAACCAUACCCCCUCCACAAGUUCUUUUCAAUGGCUUCCAGUGACAAGUCCCCGGCUCCAACACCGGCUAAAGGUGCGGAGGCAGCGCCACCAGGGCAACCCAUGACGAUGGGUCAGCAUGUGGUGGACAAGGGAGCAUCAAUGCUGCAGGCAUUGACCCCAGUGAAGCAAAUCAGCCAACAUGUCUGCACCUUUGCCUUGUAUAGCCAUGAUAUGUGCCGUCAAAUCGAGACUCACCACUAUGUUAGCAGGCUGAACCAGGACUUUCUCCAGUGUCCUGUUUAUGAUUCCGAUGAUUCCAACGCCAGCCUCAUUGGAAUUGAAUAUAUAAUAUCCGAUAGAUUGUUUGAAGCUCUGCCUCAAGAAGAGCAAAAACUUUGGCAUUCCCAUGCUUAUGAGAUAAAAUCAGGGCUCUGGGUUAAUCCCAGAAUACCAGAAAUGAUAGGGAAACCUGAAUUGGAAAAUCUGGCAAAAACCUAUGGCAAGUUUUGGUGCACAUGGCAAGUUGACAGAGGUGACAGACUUCCACUUGGAGCACCAGCAUUGAUGAUGUCACCACAGGGGGUGAACCUGGGGAAAAUCGACCCAGAGCUGGUGAAGAAGAGGGAUGACAAUUACAGCAUCUCAACCGAAGCAAUUAUGGAGUCAAGGGUGGAAAUUGAAGAACCUGAAUGGAUCAAUCCACAGGCUGAUUACUGGAAACAGCAUGCCAAGGGUUUCGCCAUUGACAUCGAGAAAACUGAAAUGAAGUUGAGAGCUCCCUUCCCUUAGAACUUGCCUUUGCCUAUAACCACAAAAUAUUGUGCCUAAUCACUACUAGUCUUGUGUUGCUUUUCAAUUGUGUGUGGGGUAGGUUUUUUGCAAUAAUCUGUAGAAAUGAUGUGGUACUAUCUAUCACAUUUUUACUUUUGAGUCAAAGUUGUUUUUCUUUAAGCAAAUUACAGAAGAGCUUGUAAUUUCUCCUAAUUUUAUUGGACAGUUAGAGGUCAGCACACAGUAGAAAAUUUUUAAAAUUUUUAA